GAAAGGGAUUGUUAAAGUAGUGUAGAGUUAUUUCCCUUGUCUCAAAACUUCGAAAUUUCGCAGCUUCUUCCUUCUUAUUUCCAUACAUUACUUAAACAUUUACAUAUACAUGAAUGCAUAUAUAUUUAUAUGCUUGAGUAAAUAUACAAAGCUAAAGAAUAGUAUAAAUCUAUUUCCUAAUAAUGGCAAAAGUCGUUCCUGCUCCGAGAAUAGCAAAACUUGUCACAGAAUUCGUAUGCGAAUACAGCAUAUCCGAUAUGACUAUGACACCUGAUAAUCAUCUUUGUGUAGCUGAAGAGGAAAGUUGUGUCUCGAAAUACACUUUAGCAGGGUUGUGUGUCGGACGUCUAAAGUUACCAGACUGUUACUUGGGAGGUGUUUGUUGUCUCCAAAGUGCGUACGGUCGACAACUUUCUUGUCUUGGUAAACAAUGGAACGACGAAGCUUAUAUUCCCGGAAGAUUAGCAGUCCCUACGUUCUUCGGAAAAUCUGCUGGUCGAGUGCUGAUUUUAGACGGCAGUUCGGGUGAUGAAUUCGGACAGAUCAAAGCUGAAGUGGAUACAGGAGAUUACACUUACUGGUCUGUAUGCGACCUGGGAGUCGAUCGCGGACUUGUUUUGGCACGCCAGGGCCACGUUGCCACAACCAAACAGGACAGUUGUGUCGAGGUGAUGUUUCGUAACUACCGAAUGGGAGACAUAGAGAAACCUAUCGGCUUUGUGUGGUACAUCAGCUCUAUCAGCCCAGAUGUAAUAAUUGUUAGUGAUGAAGACAUCCGAGGACUGGUUAUGUGUACGCUCCAGGGAGAAGUCAUUACCCAGUACAGUGACUAUGGCUUCAACCCAAGUGGCCUUUGCCCUGAUCCUUAUCGUGGUUGUAUAUAUGCCUCCAAUGGAGAAGGAAACUGUGUGAUUCGACUAACACCUGAUCUUGAAUAUGAUGGGGAAAUUGUUGGAGCAGCUCAGGGCCUACGUAAUCCUUUUGUUGUUAGUCUUUCCUAUGAUGGACGAUUUCUUGUAGUUGCUGAAGAUACAUGGGAUAUAGGCGAAGACCUACCAACUCCUAUUAAAGUGUUCUCAUUACCAGACAAGAUGAUGCCUCUGUUAUACAUCUGCCGCCGGAAUAUUCGUAAACUGCUUGGUCGUACACUUCUGUCUGCAGUUCCAUUUCUUGGUUUACCAAAAUGUUUACAGAAUUAUUUACUUUAUGCAGUUUGACUGCAGCAACCUUGGCAAAUGAAACAAGUUGGUGAAACCAAUGCUUAAUCAUUGACUGCUUGAUCUGAAGG